UUAUGUGCUUGCACGUUUUGUUUACAUCGACAGGCACAAGUUUGUUAAUAUUGUUUUUGUUAAUUAAUUAACUUAAAGUAAUGAAAAAUCAAGAGCUUGUUGACUACUUGGAGAGCUGCAAUGUCUGCAGAGUGUGUCAAUUGCGUUAUCUCAAAGCGCGCGGCAACGAAUACAAGAAUAUGGACAAAACUUUUCAACGCUUGGAUGUAAAGUUGCCUGAGCAGUCUGAUGAGACUGAAGAGCAGCCUUUGAAAAAACCACGGCUUGCCAAUUGUUCUACCUGCUUAGGACUCUUCUCAGAGGAUUUUCAGAAUCAAUUGAUUGCAGGCAUCUUGGAAACGGAUUUUGGCAAAUAUGACUGCGCCGGCAUGGUGUUAGCUCUCAGCCUACCCAUUUCACUACAGAUGCGCCAGUUGUCCAUGUGGUUUGCGCUGCAGCGUAAGUUUGGACGAACAGCAGUAUCCGAUCACAACGCACCAGAUGUGCCUCUUAAGGAGGCAGUAAAGCUUAUACUGCAUCCAAUUGUGUGUGGUAAGCUGGGUAAGGAACAUGAUGCCAAUGGACUGAUGAUUAAUAUAGACUUGCGUCACAGCGUGGAGACAGACGAGGUGGCAAAGCUUGUGGAGCUGAACAAGUCUGCUUUUCCUUGUAAGGGCAAACGCAUAGAGAUCUCACGUGGUCUGCUGGAGAAGCAGUAUCAGCCUUGCCAUAUUAAAGCGGAGCUCUUUGAAAAGUAUCUACCCAUACCACCUGCUCCAGUGGAUGAAUCAUUGCAGCUGCAGUCCAUCAAGCUAGAGGGACCUCUGGUCUGUGUGGCUGGACGCUAUCGCAAGCUAAGUCGUGAGCUUUCGCAUACGCCUUGGGUACUCCAUGGCAAGCGCAUUAUGGAGGACAGCAUUGAGGAGAUUAUCGUGCGCCAUGUUGGACUACAUUUUAGUGAAACUCCCGAGAAGAUUACCUUCAUGUCCAGCGGGCGUGAAGAUGUGGAUGUGCGUUGUCUUGGCAAAGGGCGUCCCUUUGUGCUGGAGAUACCAAAUGCCAAAUGCAGCAGCUUGAGCAAUCAACAAGCAUUUGGAAUGGAGCAGGCAAUUGAUCGUUCCGGCACGGUUUCCAUACACAAUCUGCAGGUGGUGCCGCGGGAGGAGCUUGUACAUAUCAAAGCAGGCGAAGAACAAAAGCGUAAGUACUACCGCGCGCUGUGCGUGCUCGACGAGCCCGUCACUUUGGAUAUACUUCAAAAGCUCCAAAUUGCCGAGAGCUUUGAUAUACAUCAAAAGACACCCAUACGUGUGUUGCAUCGACGACCACUACAUACGCGUCCUAGAACUAUAUAUAGUGUUAAAGCGCGUGUACAGCGUGGAAAUCACCGUUUGCUCAUCAUCGACAUAGUCAGCCAGGCGGGAACCUAUAUUAAAGAGCUCGUGCAUGGCGAAUUUGGACGCACAACGCCUUCAAUAUCUUCCAUAAUAGGUAAACCAGUUGACAUACAAGCUUUAGAUGUAGUUGGCAUUGACUUGGAUUGGCCUGCAGAUGUAAAUAAUGCAGCAAAUGAAACUUGAAAUUCAAACAAAGCGCUUUCAUGUUUUACAACACUAGCGCAUUUGCAAUAAUGUAAGG